AUUGCUGUGAUUUAAACUUUAUCGGCUUCUUCGUACCCUACAAAUGAUUCUGCUCUGUUCCUCUCAGUAUCCAAAACCGGAAAACUGGACCGGAGGGUUCUUGAUUGAUGUGCGGAGCUCGCUCCGCCAUCACCGUGGCAUCGCAUGGAACUCGAUCGCAGCCGGCGGGAAAAACAUGAAGCAUUUGAUAUUCUGGGUGCCUCGCCACGCACGCGGGCGAAGACUUCCUUUACGACGACCACCACGACCCCCCGCAUGCCCCGCCUGCGAGCCCAGCGACGCCGUCCUUGAGCCCGAGCGCACCGAUUUCGUUUCCGGACGAUGGAACACCUCUCAGAUAGCCAGAUAGCGCGCCAGCUACGGAUUUCCGCGUGGCUUGUAUUCAGCCCUUUCACGCUUCUUUGUUACGAAUAUCUGAUCACGCUCGACGACGAAAUCGCGCGGUACUGGAGCGCGGGGCGCUCGUGGGGCUCGGCGCUGUUCUUCCUCAACCGCUACGUCGCGCUGCUGGGCUCCGUGCCGGUCGUGGUGGAGUUCAUGCUCGCGUCCAUGAAUGCGGACGCGCGGAGGAAGCAGCUGUGCUCUGCGUUUCAGUCGUACCAUUCGUAUUUUGCACUCUUUUCUCAAGUGCUGGUGUGCGUGAUCAUUGUCACGCGCACAUACGCGCUCUACGGCCGAAACAGGAUCGCGCUCACAGCCAUGGUCACUGUCGUCGGGGCCCUCGUGACUCUCGCUAUCGUUAUUCUCGUGCGAGGCGGAGACGACGGGGCUCUGUCCAGGAACCUGCUUGCGAUUGGGUGCCCGAGUGCCACCUCACAUCCACAAUCAAUCAGGACUGCGAUUGCUUGGAGCGGGAUGCUUAUCUUCGACUGCAUGAUAUUCUUCAUGACGCUCUGGAAAGCCGUGCGAUUCAGUUUCAGAGGCCGAGAGAAUUCAGGAACGUUGCUGCACGUGCUGGUCCGGGACGGGUCCAUGUAUUUCGGCCUUAUGGCGAUAGCCAAUGCGGUCAAUAUCGGAACAUACACGAUGGGCGGGCCGAUAAUGAGCGGGGCGGUGACGACCGGUGUCAAUAUAUUAUCCUCGGUGCUUGUCUCCCGCCUGAUGCUCAACAUCCGCGACCCCCGGCUGCCCUUCCGCAGCUCCGGCAGCCGGGGCGGCGCGCGGGACCUUUCGUCGACGUCGACGCACGCCGGAGCCGCGACGCGCACGGCGCUGCGGGGCUCGCUGUCGAUGAACAUGGAAACAGAUAUCGCGCUGGACUCGGUGUGGGUCGGCGACGGCGCCCCCGCGGACAGCGGCGCCGAUCCGUAUGUGGAGGAGUAUGAGCUCGUCGAGGCAGGGCUGCCGACGAAUAUGCUGAGGCGCUGAGCUUACCCUGACUGACGCUUUCGAAAUGUAUUUUCCUUCCAUCGCUGUCGUUUUACCCACUGUAUCCCAUAUCCCUUCCGGUGUGCUUGUCGCGGUGAACUGUUCCGUGGAUGUGACAUGAGCACGGCAACCCAGAAUUUGUACGUAGAUGGUCUAUGAAUUUAUACAUGUUGCAAUCC